CUCCAAAAUAAAAAUACUCACAUGCAGGUUAAAAGACAAGAGAAGCAUUUAAACAAAAAAGAAUGCUUUAUCCUAUGGAGAAUAAACAAUGAGAUAUUUGAAAAGCAUUCCAUGAAUAAAAGAACGGUAACAAUUUUAGGUUCAAAAUAUUACAAGUUCCAAGUAUUAAUUCAAGAGUAUUUUCCUAACAAAAUACUCGUUGGUAACACUUUAAUCAUUUUGAAACUAUGUCACAUAAGUUCAAGAAGAUACAUAAAAUUCUUAAAUGAUAAUGGCAAAGGAAGUAAUGAGAAACUUUAUCUUACUUGAUCAAGUGGUCAGAAAUCUAGAACUCAAAUGAAAAUUGGAGUCAAAUUACCAACUAGUGUUAUCUGCAAAAUGAUGUCAACAAUUACAAAAGUUAUUGAAAUCAGCAGUGCCAAGAUUACUCAGAAGGUACUUCUUAAGAUUCUGGUAGCUUCCUCGGUUUGAGAAGGUAUGAAAUUUAAAGGUUGAAUAUUUGAGACAGGUAAAAUCAAAUGUGCAAGUAAAGCCAAAUGAAAUCUAAAUUUUCUUGGCUUUUAUUAUUGCAAAGGUAUUGACCACACUUCCCAGCCAGAGACACCUAUCUUUCAAGUAAUUUUAGACAAUAUCGCAGAUAACUGCAAUAUCAACUCCCUCUAUAAAAUAACCUUUGAACGUUGAGGGAUAGACCCUUGUAUAAUAUUAAAAGCAACACAAGGUCCUCCUUACAAUGACAUAUGACUCUCCAUCAAUCUCAAUGUCCUUCCUAUGUUAAUAUAGGUGCUAAAUUCCUGCUUAAUUUCAAUUUUAA